UAAAAAGUAGAUUCCCAAAUUUAGUUGCAUCCCUUUUCGACGUCAACAUACGCACUUUUUUCAUAAGAAGCGCCAAAAUAUAUGCUAUAAUUUUGUAUCAAGAGCAAAGAACACUUUGGCCUUUGCAAAUAACUCCUGCAGUGUGUUUUGACGGCUAUAGGGAAUUGCAUUGCGAUUAACCUCAAAAACACUUGACCUUUUGUGUAGCAAAUGGUUUAAGUUGGCCAAAUUCGUAAAAAGCUACUGAAAAAGAUAACAAAAUUCUAAAUUUUCAAUAGAAAAUAUAUUAAAGACAAUUACGAAAGUACCCGAAGCGAAAAUUUAUAGAAAAAACCGAAAACUUUGAAGAUAAUAGAAAAUUGUUGUAAAAAAAACAUUAAGGUUUGAAUUACAACGGACAGCUGAGAAAGUAACCGUUAUAAGCACAUUACUGUUGGUGCACCUCAGUUGUUAUUUUAUUUUGCACUUCAUAAGUGCGAAAAGCGACUAUCAAAGACGAACGGAAGUAUGGAAACGCAACAGCCUCAACAAACCGAAAAACUCAUUGAGAAUAUGCUGGGAUUUUUAGACUCAACGAGUGAGGACGAAGACGACAGCAACAACAUGAAAGCGGAAUUGAACAGCCUUGAAGAGUCGUACGCAAAUGCUCAUGAAGAUUUUUUGCGACUUGAGGAGGAGACGGAAAACCCUUUGGUAGGGCGAAACAAAAAGGAAAGAAAAUUGAAAAGUUCAAUUGCUAAAGAAUUAACAAAAAUUAAAAAUGAAUUUCCCGUUUGGAAUGCAAAGGAGCUUUCGCCCACAUCCAAAAAGCUCACGGACCCGAUUUGGCAUCAAACCUACACUUCCGCUGGGAAAUGUGAGCCAUUAGAUGUGGAAAACGAUUGGAGUAAAAAACUGGAAUCGAAUUGCCGUCGCAGCAGCAAUACGUACGUGCAAGAAGUGAAUCGCGCUAUUUACGGUGACACCACCGGUCACCCGCCAAAUGACACCGACGAGUAUUUCCAAGCAGCACAAAACUAUGCCAUAUACGGUAAAGAUUUUCUCGACUUUCCUGAAAAUUUAACGCCACUACUCAAUGAGAAAGGCGCAUUGACACCACCGGAAGCAGUGCCAUUUGUUGCCGGCUACGGUAAUGGUUUGUAUCCCACACCACCCGUGCCACCGGAGACAACUACUGGCAUUGGCUUUUCAAAUUUCAAUAAGCAAUCAUCGGCUGCUUCGUCCACUGCUGCAGCGGCUUAUUAUCAAUUGUGUAACGGCUUGCAGCCUGCUUCCGUGCGUCCAGCUACUGGCAACGCUGCAUAUGGCAUGUUCCUUGGCAACAAAGUCACCUACGUCGCCGCUGCUCCCGCGGCACCGCCACUUGUCUACAAUCAACAUUCGUCCACUACUACGAGUUUUAUAUCGAAUAGUUUGGCCAAUGCCGCACUUGCCUCUUCGCCCACUAUUCUUUACUCGAAUCCCAUGUUGACCACGACAACUCAGCAAUAUCUGAAUACAUUUUUUAAGGAAACGCAAUAUUUAAGCGGCGCCACCUCACAGGCUAACACAGUGGGUACCACUACAGGUAUUUACGAGCGGCUUGUCUACGCACAGAUGCUGCAGCAGCAAAUCUACCAUCAAACACAGCAGCAGGCUGCCGCUGUCGCAGCGAUGUUCCAUAAAACGCGUCCCGCACGUGCCACCAACGGUGGUGGAGCAUCGCCAGUUGCUUGUGCUCCCAAUUCUGCAACACAAAAUAUGCCUCCACCAAAUAAUAUACCAGGGCUUAAUAUUUGCGGACGUCAAACAGCAAUGGCCACAAAUACCACUGACAUGCUGGUCAAACUACCACCAGCUGCAACGCCGAUUACUGCCAAUGGCAAUGAGGACAAUGUGGCUUCAUUGAACGACUAGUGGAAUUUGAAUGGCUUUCGUGAACUUUCUUGUUGUAGACUUAUGAUCUUCUCUUUUUAUUGUUAACAUUUGUCUCUAUUACUUUAAAACUUACUUGAAUUAGAAAAAAUUAAUACGUCAAAAUAAAAAUCUAACGAAAAUAAUUAAACAAAUAUGUGAAUUAACUUAGUCG